GCCUAUCUGUAACCAUGACUACUGGACGAAGCUAGACAACUUUUCCGCAGUUUCAGAGAGGGCUUGGAUGAAGGCACCGCCAACCGAGGGUAGAGGACCUACAGGCGAAAAGAAGUGCAGACGUCCUAAAAUAAGAAAAUCAUGACCACAAAAUCCCCGGGCACGAGCCCUCAAAGAUGCUUGGCUACCAACAAUGCAAAACGUGUGCCACUGACACAGAAAAAGGCCACUGUACCCAGCUGUCCAGUACCAAGCAGGGUACCAACAAAGAGACUCACCUCUCUGCUACCAAGGUCUACUAGACAUGCUGCCAGGCCAGCUGGCUGCACCCAGAACCACAUAGAGCAACUGCCACCUGAGAUCCUAAUGAAGAUCCUGUGGAACCUGGAUGCCUCUUCUCUCUACUGCAUUGGCUAUGUCAACAAGCUAUUAUAUAAGCUGGCCAAAAACAAUGCAAUGUGGCGUAAAAUCUAUUCUGCAAAAUAUGGGGAGAGUAAGAAAUUGAAGGCCAAGCACAUGGACGAGGUUGUGGAGAAGCUGAGUGUGAUGAAAGUUCAGGAGAGACCAGGGGGCUACUGGAGAAGGCUGUACUUUAGGACCGUAGCUGGCUACAACCACACCAAAUGGUUGAAGGAGCUGAGAACCAUCAAUCCCUUCACAGGUCUUCCCAGCCACACAGAGAGAGUCCUCAGAGAGCAGCGUGUGGCCUGGGAGAUCACAGUGUGUGACAGGUCGGUCAGUGAGGGGACUUUUGAACAGAGCCACACCUACUACAGUGACACGUCAGUGACAUUGUGCUGGACCAACGGUUCAUGGCCCGCCUUCCACCAACUCUCUACCAUACAGCUUCACGGUGUCAAGAGAGUUCCUCUCAAAUGCCCGAGCGCCAUCAAGCCAGGCUGGAGGUCUCUGAUGGCUCAGUUGGAUAUUGACACCAUCUCUAAGAGCAGCCAGGUGAUUGGUGGAGAUAGACUGGUCAAGUUGGUGCUGCUGUCGCCAGGCAUCGUCAUCGGCAUCUGGAGGGGCCAGUCGUCCAUAGCCUUUGUGAUGGCCACCUUCCACUACCACAGGCUGUUGGAAAGGAGUCUCCUGGGCUCGUCUGUUUGCCCCUACACCAUUCCAGAGAACAGGCCUCUUUUUGAUGACGUGGACCCAAACUACGGUCUCCAUGGUUACACGCUACACAUUAACCUCCACAACACUGUGACGGAGAUCAUGUCUGGCCACUUCCCUCAGCUCUUCUGCCGGAAAGGUCAGAUCAAUGAAGGUUUCAUCCAGCUGAAUGCCGUCAUCAGGAGUAACCAGUCUCGGCAGACCCCUCUCUCUGCCAGGGUCAGCCUGCCCUGGAGGUCUGAUACUCUGGAGGGGACUGUGAAGAACUGCUGCAUGAUGAGCCUGACUCUGCUGGAUGAGUCCCAGAUACCCUUCUGGUGUGUCAGCACGCCUGUCUCCAUGGUGCUGGCCAAUGAGGAGCCUUUUUCCUAUGACUACCAGGGCCAGCACUUCCUGAUCAAGUACAAGGAUGCAGAGGGAAAGGUACAGAUGGACGUGGUGCUGCUGGAGGAACAGAGACAGUUCUUCCUUAUUAAUCUGGUUAUCUACAUCAGCACAGUCAAAGUCAACCAGCACUUUGGGAGAGCCUACUAAGGCGACUGUUUAGGGGAUACUGUAAGUUUGUACUAUAUGAUCUCUGCCUAUUUUUUUUUAAGGUACAUAUCCCUAUCCCUAGAGCUGUUGUGGUGACCAUAUUACCGCCACACCGGCGGACACGAGUCAUGAAGCCAGUCAAAUUCUACGUGACCGUUUAGUCACGGUAAUUAGGCUUCUCCAAGCUCUGAUUCUGCUGCUGGUCAUUAGUAGCCUACCAAACUUGCUAACUGCCUGGUACUCAGCACUCAUUGUCUCUCUAAUCACUCUGAC